AUGUCAUCCAGUAAGAACGUUGUCUUCGAUGUCGUCGGCACCCUCGUCAGCUUCGACCAUCUCUACGAAGCAAUUGAAGAGCGUCUUGGCGAGAAGCUUCGCGCCCGGGGUAUCCAGCCGAAGCUUCUUGGCUGCUGCUGGCAAGAAAUGGCCGAGCGAGAAUACACCUACCUCUCUCUAGCCGGCCGCUAUAAUAUCUUCUUCAACGUCUUCAAGCCUCUGUUCUUCCGCUGCCUACACUACGCCGGCAUUGAAAAGCCGCAUGAAUUUGCGACAGGGGAGGAUGUUGACUAUCUGAUCAGCGAGUGGAAGAACUUGAGAUUGAGAGAAGGUGCCGCUGAGUGUGUUGCCAAGCUUCGCGAUGCAGGCUUUACCGUUUGGUGUUUUACCGCUGGAGAUAUUGCUCGCGUAGGAGGAUACUUGGCCAAGGGCGGCGUGGAUAUGCCAGCUGAGAAUUUACUGUCGUGCGACACAGCAGGAGUAGCGAAGCCUAUUCCCGAGGCUUAUGCACCUGUUUUUAAGAAGCUUUCUUCUGAUGGUAGCAAACCUUGGUUCGCAGCUGCUCAUCUUUGGGAUUCCUCGGCGGCUCAGACUGUUGGAUUCAAGACGGCUUACUGCACGGCACUAGAGGGCGAGGAGUUACCUGAUAUCUUUGGCAAGAUGGACGUUGUUGAAGAAACAUUGCCCGCUAUGGCAGACAAGAUUAUCGAGGCUGCCAAGUAG